CGGGAAGUAAAGUAACAUGCAGAUCAUUAUUUAUUUUUAUCAACUCUGAGAGUGAAGAACAUCACAAAACUGCUAAGGUUGAUGACGUUUAGCAUUGAAGACUCAUAAACGUUUCGCUCUUUGUUACGGCUGUUUUCGCACUAAUUUCCCAGUAAAAUUUUUGCAUUAAAAUUAGUUGCGUUAUUAUGAUAAAACUGAUGAAAUUUUACUUUUAGCUCUUAUCUGUCACAUCUGACCUGAGGAACUAAAGGGAUAAGGAUUUUUAUUUUGGGUCACAUUUCUUCGACAUCUUCAACAAAUAUAAAAUGAACCAAACAGAAGUUUCAUCCAAUGUGACGACGUCAACUAACAAUGCACAAGUCAACAUGGACCUCCUCACCUCCAUCACAAUAUUCCUCCAAUGUGUGACACAUGUGCUUGGUGUUGUUGGAAAUGGAGUGGUCAUUUACGUAGUGGGUCUAAAAAUGAAAAAAACUGUCAACACCAUCUGGUUUCUGAACCUGGCAGGAGCCGAUUUUCUAUUUACUUUCUUCAUGAUCUUUAACAUAAUCUACGUGUUCCGUAAUUUCGACUGGCCUUUUGGUGAUUUUAUGUGUAAGUUAUGCACCCUGGUGACAGUGCUUAAUAUGUUUGCCAGCACCUUCCUUUUAGCAGCAAUUAGUGUGGACCGUUGUCUGUCCACAUGGAUGGUGGUUUGGGCUCGGACCAAACGUACCCUAUCCAAAGCAAAAAUAAGCUGCUUGGCAAUAUGGUUGGCAUCCAUCGCUUGCAGUAUUCCUUCGGUGAUUUUUCGAAAGACGACAUUUAAUGAUUCCGUACAAAGAACCAUGUGCAGUGCUGAUUUUCCCUAUGGUCUAGCAACCUAUAAGAUUCUGGUAAUAUAUCGUUUCAUCGUGGGAUUCAUGCUCCCUUUCAUCAUAAUCUUUAGUUCGUAUCUGGCAAUUGGCGUGAAAGUUCGAACGCUACGAAGAAACAAUAAACUAAAGCCAUUUCGUAUUAUUCUAGCUGUAAUCCUCACCUUUUUAUUCUGCUGGCUUCCUUUCUAUAUACAUCAACUUAUCGACCUGUGGAUACGUGAACUAAAUGCUACAAACCAGUCAGCCGAGCUUACCAGCUUUAAGGUAGUUUUAGAUGGGGUAGCGCCCCUCAUAGUUAGUCUCGCCUAUCUGAACAGCUGUCUGAAUCCAUUCUUGUAUGUGUUGAUGUGUGAAGAUUUCCAGAAGAAACUGAAGCAGUCUUUGGUUAUUGUGUUUGAGAGCGCAUUUGCAGAGGAACACAUGAAUCUUCUCUCACAACCCCAAAACAACUCCCUAUCUAUGCAUGGUAAAGGAACAGAAGAAACUGGGUCUUCUGAGGAUUAAUAUAAUGCACUAUGAACUAAAUGAUAUGUCAAUGAGCUAAAUAAGUAUUUUAAGAAGAUAUUUCAUUACAUUUACACAUUAAGUAGAUGCUUUUAUACACAGCAACUUGCAUGUCAAGGAUUACAUUUUUAUUAAUAUGUUCCCUUGGGUCUAACCCAUGACUUUUUAAAUCGCUAACGCAAUACCACUCAACAUAUUUUUUGUGCUAUGCCGUAAUGAAACAAUGUUAAUAAUAUUAAAAACACCUUGCUUUAAUAACAAAGAAAUUAGUUUUCUUGUAAC